AUGGAAAAUGUGACAUCUCUAAAAGAAUUUACUCUGUCUGGGUUCAAUGAGAUAUUGGAUUACAAACUAACGUUCUUCUGUCUCACUUUACUGUUUUACUGUGUUAUUUGUAUAGUAAAUUUUGCUCUCAUUGUGACCAUUAUCAUGAAUAGAAACCUCCAUGAGCCAAUGUAUAUAUUCCUGUGUAGUUUGUGCGUAAAUGGACUUUUUGGAACUGCAGGAUUUUACCCCAAAUUCCUUUUCGAUCUAUUGUCUCAUCACCAGGUCAUCUCUUAUACAGGAUGCAUGAUUCAAGUUUUUGUAAUAUACUCCGCUGUGUGCAUUGAUAUUUGUAUGUUAGCAGUGAUGGCAUAUGACAGGUAUGUAGCAAUCUGUAGACCCCUGGAGUAUCACUCUGUUAUGACCAGGCAGAGGGUCGCUCAGUUACUCACCUUGUCCUGGCUUGUUCCUUUAGGUCUUGUAUCUACUGUUAUUAUAUUUAGUUCCCAGUUGAAGUUGUGUGGCUCAAACAUACAGAAACUGUAUUGUGCUACUUGGUUGGUUGUUAAGCUGUCCUGUUCUCCGACCAGUUGGAUGACUUCAGCCAUACCAACCAACGUAGCUGCAUAUGUGCUAAUAUUAUUCUAUAUUUUUCUUGGUAUUUUCAUUGUUUGCACUUAUGUACAGUUGAUCAGAUCAUGUUUGGUGUCCUUGGAGAACAGAGGAAAGUUCAUAAGAACUUGUGUUCCACAUUUAAUGGCAUUAUUCAACGUGGUCAUUGCUGCUCUGUUUGAUGUCAUGUAUAUGCGAUAUGGCUCCUCAGAUUUACCACAAAGUCUUCAGAAUUUCUUGUCUACAGAAAUGAUUAUAGUUCCUCCAAUAGUAAACCCUGUCAUGUAUGGUAUUACACUGACUCAAAUUCGUAACAAAAUACUUUUAUCAUGUUUGAAAAAGAAAAGAUAG